AUGACCACAGCACCGCGUUCAGGUGCUUCAGCGGCGCCUUGGCCACUAGCUCUACUCUUCACGCAAUCUCCAAUUCUUUGUUGCACGUUGAGCCGCUCCUUAUUCAUCUCCAGCGUGGUCAUGUCCGCGCCCACCUCUUUUGGCAACUCUGUGGCCACCAGCGCGGCCUUUCCGCAGCUACUGGAGCGGCUCCUUGGUCACCAGCUCUCCUUCUUCAGCUUGAGCAGCUCUAGGUUUACAGCAGACACGACUUUGACCUGCAAUCGCCGCCUUCCACAGGAUGAGAAGCUUCCCAUAGCACGUUCGUGA